AUGCAGCGACGCAACUGGGGCGUCCUCGGAGGACGCGGAGGCGGCAGCUCCAGCCGCCCUCCCGGCGCCCAUUCAGAGCGCGUCUCCUCAGGCACGCAGCGAGACAGAGAGCCCUUCAAAGGCCUUCCUGCUCCGUCGUCUUCAGCUCCAUUCGCGCCGCACGCCUCGCCGCUCCCUCCGCCGUCUGCGGCUCGGGAGCCCCCUUCGUCCAGCUUCUCGUCCGCGUCCCCCUCUGAAUCCGCUGCCUCGGCUGCGCCUGCUGCGUCUCCCUCGCCCUCCCCAUCUACCCCGUUGCAAACCAGCUCCUGGCGCCCGCCGCCAGCGUCCUCCUCUUUCUCCUCGGCGGCGCCGUCCGAGUCUCUGCGUGGUGCGCGCCCGGCUGGGGCUCUGCCGCGCGACCUGGAGGCGUCGGAUUCGGCUCGCGCGGCGCCGGCGGCGGGCGACUCCUCGUCGAGUUUCGCGGGUGUGUCUGUUUGGCUGUCGACCGCGGAGGCGGGCGCGGCGCUCUCGCCUCCGGUCAGCGAGGCCUCGUCGCAGAACGCGAGUGCCUCGCAGACGCUGCCUGCAAGCCUCUCGACGUUUCGCGCGCCUGGGGCCUCCGCGCCCGAGCCGGCUGACGCCUGUAACUCGCACCCGUCCCCCCCGCCGGAGGCUCCGUGGAGCGGUUCAACAGGCGUUCUGCCAGCGUUUUCUGAGGCGGUGUGGGAGAUCGCGUCACACGCAAAGAGUCCGUGGACUGCAGCCGCUCACGCCUCGCUCGACGGGCUGUCUCUGGAGGCAUCUGCGACGUCGUUUCUCCGCUUUCUACUGGCCUCGCCGCCGCACUUGUACGUCCUGGGGCUCUUUGUCUCUUCGGCGGCCGACGUGGGCCUGCGCGAGGAGAUCUUUGAGCCGCUGACCCUCUCGUCCUGCGUCCCUGGGCACGCGGCGGCCGCGCCGCUGCUCUCGGAGAGCUCUGCGGCCUUCUGGAAAUCAGUCUUCUACGAUCCGCAGCACCGGUCGCUGCACGAGAUGUUUUCCACAGUCCCCUUCGAACUCGACGUCCUGGAGCUGCUGCACUUUGCGCCGAUGCUGGGCGCGGCGCUGCUGAAUCGCCCGCGAGAGACCCUCGCACUCUUCGAAGAGCGCUUGCUGCCAGACGUCGCUCAGCGCCUCCUCCUGCAUCUGCAGGCGCGCGCGCGCUUCACGCGCAGGCGCGGAGAGACAGCCAGCCAGGCGCUGGCCUCGGCGGCUGCGCAGUCGGCGCCCGAGGCAAGGGCUUGCCGCGAGGCCGAAGAAGAAAGCGAAGAAGACCUGCGCCGACAGGAGGAGGAAAAGCUGCUGCUGCAGACUGCGCCGCAGCUCAAAGUCCGCCUCACGCACCUCCCGCGAGACAGAUACAUCGAGCGACGCACGCCGCUGCAGAUCCACACGAGCGACGAGGGCAAACUCAUCUGCAUCACAGGGCGCGUCGCGCGCGCAGGCGAUCUUCAGGCUGUUGAGGAGGAGCGCGCGAUGUCCUGCAGGCAGUGCGGCCAGAGUUUUCGGGUCUUUGCGUGCGCGGAGACCGGCUACCAGCUGGAUAUCCCUCUCCAGUGCCCUGCGGGAAGUGCUGCGAUUCGGGAGAAUCUCCGCCGCGCGGGAGAAGAGACUUUCGAGAGCCAGGGAAGGAAACAAGGCUCGCGCGGCAGAGGAGGCGGAGGCUUCGCAGGGGGGAGUCGCUGGCGAGGCGGCAGGCGGACUGGUCCCUGUGAGGGCGAGACGUUCGACUCCCUGGGAGAGGGCGCGUGCCUCAUGGACUACCAAGAAAUCAAACUCCGCUGCACGCUCUCUGGUGCCCGCAAGUAUCUGUCUCGGGAUCCCGCUCACCGCGCCCUGCUGCCUGUGGUCCUGCUGCGCGAUCUGGCAGGAACGGUGUCGCUGGGCGACGUGAUCACCGUGGUAGGCGUCGUCGGGCGCCGCUGGCAGCGCAUCGUUCGAGACACCAGAGCCGACGUCGAGCUGGUGCUGGAGGCGAACAACGUCUUUCGCAUUCGGCCAGAUCCUCUCGCGGCUGCGCGGCACAGCGCCGCGCUUCUUUUCCAAGAUCCUCUGCUCGCACGGAGUUUCCUCUCGCAGGCGCGCGCGCGGAGACGCCGCGCAUUGAGGGAGGCGGAUGCAACCGCCGCUUUCCCCUCUUCGCCUCACCGCGCCGCCCCAGCCUCUGCGCGGCCUGCGCCGCCGCGCGAGCCGCUCGCGCCGGUUUCGGGGUCUGCCCUCUUCGCAGCCUCGCGCGGGGCCUCGUCGCCGGCGAAGAGGCGGGGCAAGAAGGAGAAGCUGCCUGCCUUGCCGGAGAUAUUCGACGCGUUCUGGGAGUCUACGGGGCGCGACGCCGUCAGCGGCGAACGCCUGGAGGCGGGAGCGACGCGCGGCUCCGACCCUGCCCCCUGGGACGAGUGGGCGGCGCGGAGCAAGCUCGUUGACGCUGCGUGCCCAGCGCUCUACGGCGCGGCGCCUGCGAAGCUCGCCAUCUUGCUUACGAUUAUCAGCGGAUGCAUGGCAAAGACCGUUCCACAGGGCGGGUUCGGAGACCCUUCUGCGCUGGCGGCGGCCUCGUUCUCGCCCGACGCCGGCGCGACGAGCGCGGCGGCUGAGGAGGAGACAGGGUCGCGGUGGAAGAAGUUCGUCGCGAGCGCCUCCUCCACGCAGCAGAAGGAGGAGGACAUCUGGUCGCCGCCGAGUUCGCGCGCCGCAUACCUCUUCUGGGGCGAGGCGAAGAGCGAGCUGAAGAGCGCGAAGGACGAAGAGCGCGAAGCUCUCGAGGCCGCGAAGGGAGACGCAGCGACGCGGAAGACGAGAAGGAUCGAGGGCGGGAGUGACGGGAACGCGGGCGCGCACACAGGGGCCACGCACGAGGGCGGAGGCGGAUGCGACGGAGAAGAAGCGGCGCGGAAACGAAAGGGCGAUGAGGAGAAAGGCAGUGGAGGAUGCGACACACGCCACAAAUGCCAUCUGCUACUCGUCGGCGGAACUGGAACCGGCAAGUCGAUGCUUCUUCUCGCGGGAAAACAACUCGCACAGAAAGCCUAUGCAGCGACGGGCGUGGGCUGCUCCGCGGCGGGUCUGACCUGCGCGGCCGUUCGCGACCCAACGAACGGGGCGUGGCACCUUGAUCCGGGGCUUCUGGUGUUGGCGAGCGACGGCGUCUGCUGCUUAGACGACCUUUACUUGAUGAAGAAGGACGCGCAGGCUGCCAUUCACGAGGCCAUGGAGCAGCAGUCCAUCUCGGUCGCCAAGGCCGGACUCGUGACGCGGCUGACGGCGCGCUGCUCCAUUAUCGCGGCAAGCACUACAGAGAAGGGGGCGGUCGCCGGCAGCCGCGGCGUCUCUGCGGUUCCUCUCGCGCGUCUAUUUGGCGCACCCUCCUCGGGCGCGGCGCAGGCGCGCUACGACGACUUGCCCUGCCUCGAUGCCAACAUGCCGCCGCCGCUCUUCUCGCGCUUCGAUUCCGUUGUCGUUCUCGGAGACGCCCCGGGAGCUACCGAGGCCGUGACAGACUUCCUUGUGCAGCGAGCUGUCGGCCGCCGCCAGCGCGCGGGCGCAUCCGCGGCUCAAGAGGUCGCUAAGACCUCCAAUGUGCCCUCGUCUGGCUCGUCGCCUGCGCCUCUGCAUUCUUCUGCAUCGCCUCCGCCGUUCGGGCUGAUCCUGCCGUGGACAACGUCGCUGCUUCGAAUGUAUCUGGCGUUCGCGACGAACUCGUUUUUUCCAGGUUUGUCGCGGCAGGCAGGGCAGAUCCUUUCUCGCUACUAUGUGCGCCUGCGGGAGGUCGGCUCUGAGAAGCCGCGGGAGCCACACGGCGAGGGGGACGGAGGCGACGAGGGGCUCGCGGCGCUGUCCUCUUACCUAGGGGGAGAAGUCGCAUGCGCUGGAGGCGGGACGGGCGUCACAGUCCGCUUCUUCGAGGGUCUCUUCAGAUUGACGCAGGCGCACGCAAGGCUCAUGGCGAGACACGAAGCACGCCGAAGAGACGCGGUUGCUGUCAUUUGGAUGCUCGAGACAGCGUUGUGCGGGAACCGCAUCGUCCCCGGACUGAAGAAGAAAAGCUCCGAGGGCGUGCCUGCGGGCCGCCACGGCCUGCUGCAUCUCGCGGAUCCCUCGACCGCGGCCGUUGUGGAUCUUCUCUGUUUACUUCCGCGGCAGCCGGACUCUUCCGCAGCGCUGGCUGCAUCUCCUUCCUAUGUCUCUUCUUCCUCCUCUCCGCUUUCUUCUUCCUUCCCUUCCUCAGUUGGCUCGAACCCUCGAGUCGGCGUUGAGGGCGCCGGAGGCGCAGGAGAGCCUGCGAGGCAGCUCGUCUAUUCCUCUCUCCAGUCUGUGGCAGGAAAGGCGCUUCACUGCGAUAUUCGCAGCGAGGCUCAAUACUUGGCUGUGGAAAAAUUAGUUCUGAAGGCGCUGCAGCUGACAAAAUGA